GAGCUUCACUCCCCUUCUGUCAGCAACAACCACUUAGUUCUGCGUGGUUAUACACAACGAUAGCGUUAGCCUUCAGGAAGCUCCACAGCACCAAUACCACAAGCGCCUGGUCACGGCCGCCAUGACAGCCAUGACAGCCGGCUCCUAACGGCCCUAACGGCCGCCCGGUCUCGCGACAUGUCCGCCCCUCCCCGCCCGGCGCCCGUGACGCCACGGGGCGGAGCGCCGCUUUGAACCGGCGCGGGGCGCGGGGCGAUAUGGGCACGGUGGAGCCGCGGUCGGAUGAGGGCUGCGCUGCCGGCCCGAGGCGGAUCGAGGUGCCCCGGCCGCCCUCCAUCGAGGAGUUCACUAUCGUGAAGCCCAUCAGUCGAGGCGCCUUCGGGAAGGUGUAUCUGGGCCGCAAGGGAGGCCGGCUGUACGCCGUGAAGGUGAUGAAAAAAGCAGACAUGAUCAAUAAGAACAUGGUUCACCAGGUCCAGGCAGAGAGGGAUGCAUUGGCUCUCAGCAAAAGUCCUUUUAUCGUGCACUUAUACUACUCACUGCAGUCGGCCAAUAAUGUCUAUUUGGUGAUGGAGUACCUUAUUGGUGGUGAUGUCAAAUCUCUUCUCCAUAUUUAUGGAUAUUUUGAUGAAGAAAUGGCUGUCAAGUAUAUUUCUGAGGCAGCCCUGGCUCUUGACUAUCUUCACAGACAUGGGAUAAUCCACAGGGAUCUGAAGCCAGACAAUAUGCUCAUUUCUAAUCAGGGCCACAUAAAGCUGACAGAUUUUGGGCUUUCCAGAGUUACUCUGAAUAGAGAGAUAAACAUGAUAGAUAUCCUUACUACACCAUCGAUGGCAAAGCCAAAACAUGACUAUUCACGUACUCCAGGACAGCUGCUGUCUCUUAUCAGCUCUCUGGGUUUUUAUACUCCUGUUGGGAUGAAGAUGCCUAUCAAUCCCAAUUCAGGCGGAACAUCUGACAGUCAGCAUGAAGUGAUUUCACCUUUAUCUAUGAUUGAGAAGGAGAACACUCCUCUUUCAACUAAAUUAUUCAAAACAGGUCUGGAUACUUCUCCAUUAACUCCUGUUAUGCCAGCGAGAAGUUUAACUCCUGCUCUGCUUCUGUCAAGAGAAAGGUUUGGUACCUCCACUGCCAGUAGUCAGUCUCACAUGCAUUUGUCCAGUAUGGAAUCAGAAUGCUGCAGCAGCCCCAGGUGGGAGAAAGAAGUAGAGCAAACUGAAGAUGAGAAGCGUUCUAUGGGCACAAGUAACAGCAGGCCAGCUCUGCCUUCUAAUAGAGAAUUACUAAAUAGAGAAGAUCCUAAAGUUCUUAAGAAAAAAGAACUAGAAUCUGCUAUUUCUCCCAUUAGUAGCAAUGAUUCUGGUAGCAGGCUGGGAACCAAAUGUUCUGGAAUAACAGACACUCCAGUGACUACACUGGAUGCAAAAGGAGUGGUAAGAAAAUGCCUCUCAGAAAACAAGAUCUGGGAAGAAAAACUCACUGCAAAUAGGGGGAUGACCAAUGAAAUGUCAGAAACUGCCAGCUCCCAACAGUCACCUUUGAUCCUGAAAGAUCCUGUCAAGCCAAUAAAAGAAGAAGAAAUUUUUGAGAAGCCGGGUGUAAAAAGAAGCUUUGAACUUGUUGAUACGAGUCCUUGUCAGGAACUUAACUAUGUUAAAAAAACAAAUGCAGAAUAUAAACGUGGCUGUCAGAUCUCAGAAUUUUCUGCAAGCAAAAGUACAGGUUUGACAACGGAAAUUCAGUCCUUAAUGCUUAGCAGUGUGACCUGCGAAAGCAAAGAAGUUAUGAGGUGUAGUGAUGGGCAACAAACAGAAAAAACUGUUGUUCCUGUUGUAGCCAAAAAUCUUUUGCAUGAUCUGGAUGCAGACCAUGAAAAGGAGAAAAAAGAGUAUAUGAACUCAAGUCUUUUGUGCGCUGAUGAUGAAAAACCUUUAGGAGCCCCAAGUGCAGAUUCUGACCUUUCAUUUCCUGAUAUUUCUGUUCCUGAAAGCCAGUUAGAAAAGCAGCUCCUGGAUUUGGAUAAAAGUGUUAAAGAUCUCUCCUUUGAGGAACCUAAAGCAGAAGACUUGUUAACAACAUCACCCAACUGCCAAGAUGCUUCACAAAAUGGAGGGGAAGCGGAUGUUGUUCAGAACUGCAAGGUGUUAUGUUGUGAGCAGGAUAAUCACCAAAAACACACAGAGGAAACUUACCCUGACACCAUAUUGUCUCCUUCUGAAAAGAUGAUGGAAACAGUCAAUCUCUUCAGAAAAAACAACGUUGUUUUUCGAAGUUAUAAUAGUCCAAUUAAUGUAUCCAAUGUGUCAGAUCCGUGUAGCAUGACUUCUCUAGACAUCAUGGAUCUUUCACCUGCUUGUAGCGGCUCUUACCCAACAGCUAUUACUCCACUACAGAAAGGAAGGCCGUUCAGAGCCUAUCAGACACCUCGUCAGGGGGAUGCAGGCACACCAUACAGGACCCCAAAGAGUGUGAGAAGAGGAGCUGCCCCAGUGGAAGGCGAACGCAUCCUGGGGACUCCAGACUAUUUGGCACCUGAGCUGCUUCUGACAAAGCCUCACGGUUCUGCUGUAGACUGGUGGGCUCUUGGAGUUUGCCUGUUUGAGUUUCUGACUGGAAUUCCGCCUUUUAAUGAUGAAACACCAGCACAAGUCUUCCAGAAUAUUUUGAAAAGAGAUAUUCCCUGGCCAGAGGGCGAAGAAAAGCUGUCUGACAGUGCCCAGAAUGCAAUAGAUAUUCUUCUAACCUUUGACAGUAGUAAGAGAGCUGGACUGAAGGAACUGAAGAAUCACCCCCUCUUUCACGGAGUAGACUGGGAUAACCUACCGAAUCAGCCUAUGCCUUUCAUACCACAGCCGGAUGAUGAAACAGACACCUCUUACUUUGAUGCUCGGAAUAACGCGCAGCACCUGACCGUGUCUGGAUUCAGCCUAUAGCGUCGAGAUGAACUGCCCAUGCUUUUUGCACACUUAAAGGUUGUUCCACAACACUAAUAUGCUCUGAAGAUUCCUUGCCAAAUUUAGUGUGUUUCAAGUUCCCAGUCUGUUUUUGUUAUUGUAUCCUUUCUUCUGAAGUGAAACUACUGUAUGAAAUUUAGCUGCAUUCAUGCUACUCUUUGUUUCACGCACUGCACCUUACUGCAGCCAGUGUUGUAUUUCUUAGAGGAGGAAACACUUGGCACGGCAAGAAACAAAUUAAACCUGAAUGACUGGUGCAGGGAUGCUUGGAUCAGGUCUGCUAGACACGGAGCGUUUGGAUUGUUGCAUUGUAAGCACUCACAGUGCAAGGAGACCAACCAAGUGCCUGCACCUUUAGUGGUUCUGAAUAGAAAACGUUUGUGCUCAGCCACACCAGAUGGCAGAAAGCAAAACACACCUGAGGGCUGGUUAAUGCAGGAGUACUAUGCACACUGAAGCUGCUACAUACUAAAGACUACAAUGUAUUGUAAAGAGCGUAAAUUCACAGCCACAUUCUAGUUUGCUGGCAUUUGUUACAGAUGUAUAUUCAGUAUUACGUGUUCUAAUUAUGGGGAAGUAUAUUUAAAUGUAUUUUAAAACUUCGGCACAGCUUGAAUUUUCUGGAUCUUAAAGGUUUAUUGGUAGGUCAUGGUUUAAAUUAUCUCUUAGUGUUCUUUUUCUUGCAUAGCUCUGAUACCCUCAGCUGCAGAUUUUAUUUAUCGGGUUUUUUUCAGCUCAGUGUAGCUUGUGCUGCACAGUGGUGCCCACUAGAGGCCGCGUGCCUGGAGCUGGGCACACUUUGCUGAUGGGUCGCGCUAAGGGACUUCUGCAUUUCAUGCAUGGAAUUAAAGCCUCUCCCUCAUUGCCCUGCGAGCUGAGCCUCAGCCAUGCAGUUCUGAGAGCACUUUGCUGGGCUUUGUGCUUUCCUUCCAGGUAGCUUGUGAUAGGUGUGAUGGAGGAAGGAAGGGAGGUUCUGAUUCUUAUUAACUGAGCAUUUGUCCCUCGUAGAGCUGGCACGUUUCAUAGUGGAAUCGAAUGUUGGGAAGCUGCAGGACACGCAGUGACUCUCACUCUGUUUGCCACUGACUUCCAUUUCUGAUUACUUGUUAAGUGUUGAUUCUUAUGGAGAGGGAUGUUACAAGGAAUUAAAUGUGAUGUUAUUGAACCCACAGACAACAUCCUCUGAGUGUGAUCAGAGGUUCCUUACUGUAUGAGUUUAAUAAAAAUGCAAGUUUUUGCUCUGUAGACUUUGGAAGAUAAAAAUUAAAACAAACCACCAAACUCA